UGUCUGUUAGUCGAGAUUCGACCUCCAUUACUUCAGUUGUCGAGAUUCGAGAGAUAUAUGCAAACUCACUUUCAGACAAUUUAUAAAGCAUCUGUCUUGCUCGAAUUUCACCCUUUCUCGGUUUUUGGGUGAGCUCGAGAAAACCCCGUUUUUGAUUAGCCGGUACGAUUCUUCCGAAAGAGAAAAAAACCCUAGAAACUCACCUUGUUCUGGGAUUUCGAAAUUCGAAUGGUUUUUGGUCGAAAAUCUAUGCGCUCAUAGAUAUAUAAUUGCUGUAUAGAAGUGAAGGGGAGGAUAGUGAAAUGAGUAGGCUAUCUUUUCGACCCCGUCCAUUGGAUAUACACAAGAAGCUUCCAAUUUUAAAGUCCUUUAAAGACUUUGAAGAUGAAGAUAAUCCUUCUUCCAUUACUAGAAAUUCUCAGUUGCUGCGUAUAGCAGCCGUUGAGGUUGAUAAUGAGGUGCAUCAUCCUCAAGUGCCUAGCAAGAAACUGGCUUCAGAAAUACCAACACCUCAGUUUCUUGUUGUGGAUACAUAUGAAAGAGACUACUCCCGGACUUUUAAUCAGCCUCCUUCCUAUCUACGUGCAAGAGGAGCUCGAGCUGAGCUUGGAGAUUUUGUGGAGUAUGAUCUUGACAAUGAAGAUGACGACUGGCUUUCCGAGUUUGAUAAGGAGAAAAUGGUUCUCUCAUCUGAAAUGCUUGAGAGCAUUAUUUUUAAACUAGAAGUAUUGGAUCAUAAGGCACGGGAAAGAGCUGGAGUCAUUGCUCCUACUCUUGGUUCACCAGUUGCAGUGCUUUUGCAGCUUGAUGCUGCUAUUGAGGCGCUGCAAUCUUUGCCCAUCAAAUAUGGAGUAUUCCAGGCUAUCUACAGUUACUGGAAAAAUAAGCGUGAAAGAUGGCAAAAACCUAUUUUGCGGCGUUUACAGCCUCCACCGCCGGUCAAUGAUACCAAUCCAUACAAUGUGUUUAGGCCACGGGAGAAAGCUCAUAGACUACACACAAGAAGGAUGCAAAGAAGAGAAAACAAUGCGCAGUCGUUUGAAAAGCUUCGACAGGUCAGGCGCAAUCUUGACCAAGCAAAGACAAUUCUGGAAGCUCUAAUUAAGAGAGAAGAAAAAAAGAGGGAUUUCAUGGCGAGUGAGGUUAGCCUUCAGAGAAUCCAACUCAAAUAUAAGCACGAAACAGAACUCUUGGAAGAUAGUUUGGCUCAGUCUGGGUUCCCACUCUCUACAUCGUACAGAUUUGGCUCAAGUGAAGAUGAGUUCAUGGACUCCGAUGACCCAACCACCACCCAAGAACGCACAAGGCCUUCCUUUACUCCUCAUCCUCGUUUCACUGACUCAAAUCUCGCUCGAGCUCAAGCCGGGCGCAUAAAGCAAGAGGCAAGAAGACACGGAUGGCUCCACAAACUGAAUCCUAACGAGCCAGUUAUGCUGUUCACAAAACCGCUGGUCCCCGAUAAACUGGCUGCUGCGAGAAUCAUCGCUCCAGUGGAUGCAAGAAGCGGAAGAUCUCGGUUUCAAGGUAGAAUUGGUCGAGGCGGUCGGAUUGUAUUUGAUAGAUGGAAUCCUCUUAAGCAAACUCACAUAAACUGUGGCAACUCUUUCUACAUAGCACCAUAAGAUACCGACUUCAACUAAUUUCCCCUCUUUUUUUAAAGAAUUUUCCGCAUCAGUUCGUUACCAGUGGUGUAAGUGUGUGGACAAAAACUGUUUGUAUCUCUAAAUUUUGUGUAUUCUUUGGUUUUCUCGGUUAACUGAACAACCUCGGUUACCAGUAAUCGGUUAUCAGUUGAACUUUAGGUCCGGUUAGUGACCAUCGGUA